UCCGGAGAGCUUGGAGAAGCAAGAGAACCCGGCUGCCGCUGCCGAGCUGCCGCUGCUGCUGAGGGGAAGCAGGAAAACAUCAUGAGCUCCAGGAAGGUAAUGGCCAUUCAGGCCCGAAAGCGGAGGCCGAAAGGGAAAAAAGACAAGACAACCCAUCAUCGAAGGCCUGAGACCCAGCAGAAAGUCCCGUCGGCGCCCCCUCCCCCACCACCCCCGCCUCCCCCUCCGGAGCCAGUGCCUCCCCCUGAGCCAGAGGAGGAGAUCCUGGGCUCGGACGAUGAGGAGCAGGAGGACCCCGCCGACUACUGCAAAGGAGGGUACCACCCGGUGAAGAUCGGGGACCUGUUUAACGGGAGGUACCAUGUGAUCCGCAAGCUGGGGUGGGGACACUUCUCCACCGUCUGGUUGUGCUGGGACAUCCAGGGAAAGCGCUUUGUGGCCAUGAAGGUGGUGAAGAGUGCCCAGCACUACACAGAAACGGCGCUGGAUGAGAUCAAGCUGCUGAGAUGCGUCAGAGACAGCGACCCCGCCGACCCUAACAAGGACAUGGUGGUGCAGCUUAUCGAUGACUUCAAGAUCUCGGGAAUCAAUGGAAUUCAUGUGUGUAUGGUGUUUGAAGUGCUGGGGCAUCAUCUACUGAAGUGGAUUAUUAAGUCUAACUACCAAGGCCUGCCACUGCCCUGUGUCAAGAGUAUUAUCAGACAGGUUCUGCAGGGCCUGGACUACCUCCACAGCAAGUGUAAGAUCAUCCACACGGACAUCAAGCCCGAGAACAUCCUGCUGUGUGUGGACGAUGCCUUCGUGCGCCGCAUGGCGGUGGAGGCCACCGAGUGGCAGAAGGCCGGAGCCCCUCCUCCCUCUGGCUCCGCAGUCAGCACAGCCCCUCAGCUUAGGCAGGUGGGCAAGAUCUCCAAAAACAAGAAGAAGAAGCUGAAGAAGAAGCAGAAGCGGCAGGCCGAGCUGCUGGAGCGCCGCAUGCUGGAGAUCGAGGCGCUGGAGCGCGAGGCCGAGAAGCAGCGGGCCAACGACGACCCCGACGAGGCCGAGGGCGAGGGCGACUCCAACUCCACCCCCACCAACCACCCCAAGCCCAAGCCCAGCACCGCCCCGGGGCCCGCCAUCGCACCCGCCGACACGGACGACGACGACGACGACGACGACGAGGUGGAUGAAGAGGAUGAGGGCGAGGGAGAAAGGGAGAGGCCUGUUCGGCUCACCAACCACACCUGUGCGGCUCCGGAGCAUGUAGCGGACACGUCGGCGGAGAUCCCCCCAGAGGCAGUGGACGGGGAUGGGGAUGGGGACAAGGACGGGGACGAGCAGCCCAGCCCAGAGAGAGAGAGCCGCAGCCCCACCAACCCCCAGCCAGAGGGAGAGACUGAGACCAAGGACAAGAAACAGGAGGAGAAGAAGGUGGAGGAGAAGGCGGAGGAGAAGGCGGAGGAGAAGGAGGAGGAGGAGGGGGAGGGGGAGGAAGAGGAGGAUGACGAUGAUGAGGAAGAGGAGGAGGAGGAAGAGGAAGAAAAGGGGGGACAAAGAGAUGUCGUGGAGCAGGAGAACAAAAACAAAGAGGAGAAAUCUGAGGAGGGAGAGCAGCAACAACAGCAGCAGGAGCAGCAACAGGAGGAGGAGGACAACAAGGAGGAGAAGAAGGAGGAGGUGAAACAGCAGGAGCCCAAACUGGAGAAGGAAUCGCCAAAGACAGAGGAGUGCAAAGGAGAGACUGAGCAGGAGAAGGAGGUGAAGGAGGAGAAGGAGUCCAGCGGGCAGGAGAAAGAGGCCGGGGGAGAGGAGGAAGAGGAGGACGAAGACGAGGAGGAGGACGACGACGACGACGAGGACGAAGACGACGACGACGAAGAAGACGAUGACGACGACGACGAGGAAGAGGAGGAAGAUGACGAGACCCAGAGGAUCAACUCCACCAACACCAACGCCACCCUCGCCACCAGCCUCAACAUCAGCGCCACCAUCAGCGCCGACGCCUCCAAGGCCAACGGGCACGUGGUGCUGGCCGUCAAGGAGCUGGCGCUGGACCUGGGCGUGGUGGCGGCGCCGACGCCCACCACCACCACGCUGCUCUGCCCGCUGGUGGAGUCCGAGAUCAGCGUCACCGACCGCGACAUCUCCACCGCCUCCUACGAGCUCUUCAACGGCGAGAUCCCCGCGCUGACCAACGGCGGAGGCGGGAGCGUGGUGGGGGUGGGGAGUGUGGUCGGGGGCGGAGGGCGCGGGGGAGGGAGCGGGGGACGCCACCGUGGCACCUCGCCACGCUUCCCCGAGCUGCCGCUGGACCCCGAGCCCGGCGGCCACGAGCGCCCGCAGCAGCAGGGCCCCCUCAGCCCCAGCGGAGACCGCAGCCGCACCGUCUCCUCCUCCAGCACCGGAGACACGCCCAAAGCUAAAAUUCGAGCAGCCGACCUGCUGGUCAAUCCACUGGACCCGCGCAACGCAGAGAUACUCAGAGUCAAGAUCGCUGACCUGGGCAACGCCUGCUGGGUGCACAAGCACUUCACAGAGGACAUCCAGACACGGCAGUACCGCUCCAUCGAGGUGCUGAUCGGGGCCGGCUACAGCACUCCCGCAGACAUCUGGAGCACCGCCUGCAUGGCUUUUGAGCUGGCCACUGGAGACUACUUGUUUGAGCCACACUCAGGGGAGGACUACUCCCGUGAUGAGGACCAUAUAGCCCACAUCAUUGAGCUGCUGGGCGUUAUCCCACGACACUUUGCACUCUCUGGAAAAUAUUCCCGCGAGUUCUUCAACCGAAGAGAUCACAUCGCUCUGAUCAUGGAGCUUCUGGGGAAGGUCCCACGUAAGGUGAUUGCUGCCGGGAAAUACAGCCGCGAGUUCUUCUCCAAGAAAGGCGAGCUGAGACACAUCACCAAGCUGAAGCCGUGGUCGCUGUUCGACGUGCUGGUGGAGAAGUACGGCUGGUCGGCGGAGGACGCGGGCCACUUCACGCACUUCCUGCUGCCCAUGCUGGAGAUGGUGCCGGAGAAGAGGGCGUCGGCCGGGGAGUGCCUCAACCACCCCUGGCUCAACUCGUAGCAGCGCUGCCCCGAACACCACCCUCGCCACGCAGCGGCGGGCAGCAGCAGCAACAGCCUCCUCCAGGACUGCGCUGUCUCCAUACGGACUGGAGCGAGGGAAGCACCAUCUUGAGAGAGACAGAGAGAGAGAGAGAGCAAGGAGGAAGAGGAAGAGGAGAAAGAGAGAGAGGAAUAGAGGAGUGGAAAUGGAUGGACUGGAGAGAGAAGGUGGGCCAGGACAUUUUACGUGUGCAUGUGUGAGAGAAAAAAGACAACAGUGGUUAAGGCCACUCCUUAAACACACUCACUCACGCAUUCACACACAUACACACGACACACCGACACACACACACAUGCCUCACACAUUCCCGGUUCUUGAACACAUUCCCAUUGCAUGUCGGAAAUUGGAACACACGUCAAGCAGACGGCGUCUCCUACCCGAAGCAUUUACUGUUCCAUUAACACAGCAUUUCAACAUUCCUUUCACAUUCACUUACCUACAGUACUGUACAUCACCGUCUCACGCAGACUAAACCAAGUCUGACAAACGGAAAUGGUGGACUUUUGUUGCUCUUCAGAUGUUUGUAGGAACCUCUUAGUAUCUAGCUAACACUUGAUAUUGUAACUUUGCUAUUGAAAUUACUAUUGGUAAAAUGUAACAUUUACCAUAGAUUCAGGUUACAGUGUUUGUAGAUGCAGAGUUGUGGACGUAUGACUUAACUUCUGAUGCCAUCACAUACGGAACUCAAAACGUGCAUGAUAACAUACAUGGAACUCCUACCGAAAAAUGAUCUCUUGAUACUUCUGAUAGGGAUUUGGUUGUCCUUCUCUGGGGGGGCGUAAAAAAAGCUGUGCCUUUGGCUGAGCUCUCCUGAAUGUCCUUGCCUGCCGUCUUCUCAAAAGACCACCCCCCCCCCCCCCCUCACCCCCCCAGGCUGCUGACUGAAGUGAUGUAGCUAACACUGAGCCUCAACAACCUGCCUUCUCUCACAGGCUGCUCGGCAUGAACUAGCUCUCGUCGCGUCCACCUCCUCCGCUCAAGGACGUGGCCGAGGACGUUACCGGACGAGGGUGCGUUCAUGUGGGUGCCGGUCUACACAUAACUGCCACACACGACGUUCACUGAAGUCCACGCUUCUUGGCCUCCGAGGGUCUGCCUGCACCGGUCACACCGCUCUGUUUCGGGCCCACCUCUCCUUCCUGGUCUCUCUCGGGCCAGUCUUCCUCAUGCUUGCUUUUUCUCUCUCUCUCUCUCUCUCUUUCUGGGGUGCUCUCCUCUCCCGCAACCCAGACUAGCUCUUAAGCUGAGCUACGGACCCCAAGUUGAGGACCGAAAGCCCUGCCGCUGAACUGUUUACAUCCCUGAGUCCCGUUCCCCUGAAACCCUGUCCAAACUCCCCCCACCCCGCCCCCAAAAAAGAAAAAAAAUUCCAUACGAGCCCUCUCCCUGAAGUCCCUGAGACCUGCGCCAAGCUGCAUGACCCAGCUCCUGCAGUGGACAUCGAUUGGGGCGGGGGGGGGGGGGGUGAAUAAACAGAAUACAAAAACAAACAACAAACAGAAGUGAAAUACAACCCCAGCCUGCCCCCUGCCCUCCCCAAAAAAAAACCCAAAUCUAUACAAAGAGAAAGCAAGACUGGUUUGGAUUGCUCGGUCUUAAGAGACGUUUCUUUUUCUCGUUGUGGCGCUGCGAAAGCGCAGCAUGGACGACUGUGGGGACUGACACGGUGUGUUCAGAUGUGAAUUGGAGAUUUUGUUUGUUCGCGUUAUGAACAACGUUUUUUUUGUUUUCCUUUCCCGUAUUUGUUUGCUUUCUCUCUCUCUCUCUCUCUCUAUGGCCAGGGAGGUGGAAGCCACCGCACGCUUUUCCAGGUGUCCUCUGUAAGGGCACCCCGGCCUCCACCCAUCCCUGUUUCCUACACCCUCUCUCUCUCUCCUUACAUUCCCCUCAAUCCUGUCAGCCCCAGUGAUGCAUCUCCUCCAGCACGUUACAGUACCUGAUCCCCCACUGCUCCUCCCCAGACCCCCCAUCUCCUCCCUUGCUUCUUCCCUCCCUGGAGUCUCUCCCAUUCCUGAACUCUGUCCAGAGACAGUGGGGGGAAGCUUUUUGGCCUAGCGGAGGUUGCACUUGCGUUGGUAGCGUUUUUUCUGUUUUCGUUUUGUUUGUUUGUUUGUUUGCUUUUUUUUUUUCGUUCAGGGAAAAUGACCAUUGUACAGGACUCCAGAGAUUCCGCUCGACCCCCAGUGAUGGAACAUUGGACCGAUGCCAGCAGUGACGAAUAGCAAACGGCGACUCCAAAAGGAGGAGGAGGGCUGUGUUUGAGGGAGGCUAACGGCGCUGGCCUCAGCGCACCUGGCCGGGGCCAAUAGGGCGCCUGCAGCCAGCCAGAGAGGCUGGUGGAAAUGGGAAACUGUGCUCCCCCACCCCCCCCUUGUGGCCAACGAGGGCAAUGCACACCGCAGCUCUCAGUGCCGACCCCGUCUCAUCACUCUUCCACUGUGUCGCCUCUCAGACCAUAACCACCACCACCAUUUGUCCAGUUGCCUAUUUUUUCGCAAUAAAUAAAUGAGUAUAAAGUAGAUGGUGAAAAAAUAUUUUUAAAAAGCGAUAUUUAAUUCAUUUAAAGAGUCGAAAAAAAAAAUAAACAAAGAAUUUCUCUGGUGUUGUGACAGUGACUGAAUUGUGUUUUUGUCUGUUAGAGAUGUUUUUAUUUCUUUUGUAAUUAUUAUGAUUAUGAUUAUCAUUAUUAUUAGUACAAUUAUUAUUAGUUAUUUUUCACUUGGUUGUCACCUCGGCCCCCUCUCAUACGUGAACAGUGCUGCUCUGUUUGGACGGGUGGGAUGGUGAUGAAAUUGAUCAAACAUUUUUGCAAUAAUAGUAAUGAUGAUGAAUUUUUUGCACCAAAAGCUCUUGAUCUCACUCUUUCAGCCAUGCUGACUGUUCUUCCUGACAUCUGACAGAAUUGCGUCUCUUCUUGUCUGUGUUUUUCAUUGACAGAUUUAAUAAAAUUGUAAAUUAAUGGA